AUGGCGGUGCUUGCGUUAUCAAUGGAGGUUUCAUCGGCUAGGACUUUUCGAGAGCGAGGUCAGAUCUACCUUCACAUUUUAGGGGCUAGGGUUAACAGUUCGGGGAAUCACGAGAUGGGAAAAUCGCCUCAGUCAAAAAAACCAGGUGGUAAUCGAAAAGAAACGAGUCCUGUUACUACAAAUCUUGGAGCUGAUGAAAAAAACCGGGAUACUGGUAAGAGAAAGGCAGAUCGUGACGUGUCAUGCGUGAACGUGAAGAUUAUUGUGCCAACAUCGAACCAACCUGAUAGUAGUGAUGAUUUCGUGGAGGAAUGCCCUUGUGAGGGUAAAGCACCGGAAUUUGUCCAAGAAUUUGCAUCUAAAACCCGGAUUCUUGCAAACACUGGAGUUGAAAUAUUACGGCUCGUCGAGAAGGCUCCACAGGUUCUAUUUGAUGAUGAAACCUUCGUGAAGAUGCAAUCUGCCGCACAAAAAUUUAUCGGCUUUUCAAGUGAUGACUCGAAGUUGAAGUCGAAAAUUAAUUAUAGCCAACACAAGAAGAUGCAGCGAGGCUCAACUGAUAUGGAUCCAAACCAUCCAAACCAGGUGACAUUGCUGUUGAUACGAACAUCGGUGUUGAUGUUGCGGGUGUUGGUGGUGUACAAGUUUAUCGUCAUCAUUGUAGAUGAGGUUGCUGUCGCCGAGCAAGUUGAUGGUUGUGAGACUGGUGGAAAUGCAAAUAAUAUAGUAUUUUUGUCUGUGCAUCUUGAUUUGUGUGUAGGUGCCGGAUGCGACGAUGGACUGACUGGCAAUACAAGGCCUAAGCGGCAAACGAAUGGGACUAGUGCAAUCAAGUCACCGUUUAAGGAGAGGUUGGUAUAUGUGAACACGAAACUAGAUGCAAAAGAGAAUAUGGAUGUCACAUAUAAUAACAAGGAUUCUUAA